AUGCAUAGCAUGCUAGUUCAUGACAAACGACGGGUAAAUUUCCAAACAGACUCUGCUCAGUUGGUGAAGAUGGUGUCCAAACCGGCAGAGUGGCCAGCUUUUGCGAUCUUACUUGAAGAAGUGGAGAAAUACAAAGGGAUGUUCCAGGAGUUUUCGCUCACACACAUCCCUAGGACGAAGAACACGAAGGCAGACAAGUUAGCACGGAGUGCUCGAGCUCAGCCUCAAGAUGUGUACUACAUAAACUCAAUUCCACCGGCCUCGCUUCCCGGACCGGCUUAG